CUUUCUGCAGGACUCAGAAAGCUGCUUCCCCACACACACACUAGGUGUCCUCUUUUUUGGUUUCCCAAAUAUGGUCACCCUACUCAAAUGCUUCCCAUCAUAACUACUGUUGAAGUAAAAUUCUGGCUGGUCUGGGAACUGAAGCUAGUGUGGAAUGAAGCAGCUCCUCUGUGUAUCCCAAAAUGAAGUUUGGGGUUCAAAUGGGAAUUGGAAGAUUUGAGAGCCAGGUUGCCUUGUCAGCCACAGACAAGCAGGUGCCCAACAGAAACCCAAACUCUGUACAAAAAACAACAACUAAACCAUGUGUGUUCCUCACAGUCUUCAGAGGUCUGGGAAAACGGGUUAAAGGAAAGUUCCACUGAGUCAUACCAGCUCUAUGCUGAUAGCUACUCUCUACCAUAUGGACUGAGGAGAUAAGAUGUUCUACCUUAUUCUCAAGAGAAUUCAAGAGAGUAGUAGUAUGUGGGAGAGAAGGGCCCAUAUAUAGGAAUUUAUUCUUUGGAAGGCCUAGGGCGAAGCAGACCUGGUUAGAAGGGGAGGAGCCAAACCCAGGAGGAAUAAACAGACUGUUUUGAUCUAAAAUCCAGAAUUUCUACAAUGUGCAACUACCUGGUGUAAAAGUGGCCUUCGUUGUGAUGGUUCUGCAGAAGGAAGUCCCCAAUGUCCACAUUUUCAGCACCAGGGCCGGAGAUGUGAUCGUUCGCCCUGACCUGAACUGCUACCUACUCCUCCCCAGUUUACCAACCUCACCCUGUGCUGACCUGUGCCCCCUGCACCCUUCCCUCCGUGAUGGCGAACACUAUUUCGGCUCCCAUUGGCACGACUCCAUUUAUGUCAUAAGAGGAAACAAGCUCCUGGAAGCUCAAGACCUGAAUUCAGAGCCCAGUGGACAACCACAUCUUCUACACCCUAGCUGCUGCGGUGGGCAACAUUAUUUUGCUGUUGCCGGUGGCUCCUUUGGCAUAAUCCUGAGUCCAGGCACUGUGACGGCCGUGAAAGACUUGACCACAGGGGAACCAGAUCCAGUCGUGGAUCCAGGACAACAUUCGUGGUCCAAAGAGAAAAUGGGAAGCAGCCGUAGUUAUCUCUAUUGGCAGCUAUGGGAUAACUUCAGCGGAGAAUUCUUCUCUUUUCACCCCAACAUCCUCAACUUUUUGCCCGGGGGUCUGGGCCUCAUCCGAGGACCUGCAUUUGGGGCUUGGGAGUUGCUGAUCAUCUUCCACAACUACUCCGACAGUCCUGCCACCAAGAUACAGAGAGUAUUCCGGAAGGUGGGCUGUGCCAAGGACAAGCUGGCUGAUGUUGGGAACAGCUGGACGGUGUCUCUGUCAGAUACUCCCGCGCCAGGCUCCAUCGCCGUGGCAAUAGCCAAGGCCCAAUUUGCAUUACCGACCCAAUAUGGGGGCAUGGGUCGAAACACAGAGCAGGAAGAAUGGGAAGAUGCCCGUGAGGAAGAGAAGACCCUGCAAUUCACGCUGCAGCCUGAAGAAGCAGCUUAUGUGUGGCAGUACCAUCUAGGCCUGGGGAAAGAAGCCAUCUUGUUUUGCAGGGGAAUUAAAGUCACUCACAGCAGCGACCCGCCCUCGGAGAUCCCCCUGCCUUCUUCAUCCUAAAUUUUAAUCCACUCCAUCAUUUGCUUCCCUUUCCCUCAGUGGAACAUCAGUGCUCAAAGAUUUCUUGGGGAAGCUGUGUGCAUGUUUGUGUGUGUGGCUGUGUAAACGGGAGCUUAAUAAAACACUAAAAAUGCUUUAAAAA